AAUCUAUCCAAUACUGCUGCUUAUAAAUAACUGGGACCAUCCGCCCACUUCCUUCAAUUCAAUCACCCGACAGCAAUGGCGGCUUCAUCCUCCAUUGUUGAGCUCCUUUCAUUCUCAAUCCUUCUGUUUCUCUGUUCUUCAUCUUCGGCCCAAUCCUUCCGCCCUAAAGCUCUAGUCGCCCCUGUCACUAAAGACGCCUCCACUCUCCAAUACCUCACCAGAAUCAACCAGAGAACACCACUUGUCCCUGUCAACCUCGUCCUUCAUCUCGGCGGCGAGUCCCUGUGGGUUGACUGCGACGGGAAAUACGUCUCCUCUUCUUACCGCCCGGUCCGGUGCCGGACCGCCCAGUGCUCCCUCGCUCGGUCCAUCGCCUGCGGGGACUGCUUCUCUGCUCCCCGCCCUGGCUGUAACAAUAACACCUGCGGCACCUUUCCUUAUAAUCCCAUCUCCCUCACCUCCACCAGCGGCGAGCUUGCGGAGGACGUCGUCUCCGUUGCUUCCACCGACGGGUCGACUCCGGGAAGGCCCGUCGCGGUCUCCCGAUUCCUCUUCACUUGCGCUCCGGCUUUUCUGCUGAAGGGUCUGGCGAAGGGCGCAACUGGAAUUGCGGGUCUGGGUCGGGAAAAGGUCGGAAUUCCUUCACUGUUCUCGUCUGGUUUCAGCUUCCGCCGGCAAUUCGCAAUUUGUCUGACUUCAUCGACCGGCGUUGUCUUCUACGGCGACGGGCCGUAUAAUUUGCUCCCCAACAUCGAUGUAUCAAAGCUCCUGACCUACACUCCGCUGUUAAUCAACCCGGUGAGCACCGCCGGAGCUUCCUCUCCGGGGCAACCGUCGUCGGAGUACUUCAUCGGUGUCAAAUCGAUCCAAAUCGGGGACAAGGAAGUGAAGCUGAACACGUCCUUGUUGACAAUUGACGGAAAAGGAAACGGAGGGACGAAGAUCAGCACCGUGGAUCCUUACACGGUGAUGGAAACCUCCAUCUUCAAGGCGGUGACGACGGCGUUCGUGAAGGAGGCCGCCGCGAGGAACAUUACCAGAACGGCAGCGCCGGUGUCGCCUUUCGAGGUGUGUUUCGGUGCGGAGAACAUUCUCAGCACGCGUGUGGGGCCAUCGGUGCCGUGGAUCACUCUGGUUCUGGGAGGGCAGGGUGCGAAGUGGACGAUCACGGGGGCGAAUUCCAUGGUGGACCUGCGUGAUUCCGGGAAGAAUGUGCUGUGCCUGGCGGUGUUGGACGGAGGCCGGCACCCUGGGGCUUCAAUCGUCAUCGGCGGUCACCAAAUGGAAGACAAUCUUUUGCAAUUCGACUUGGAAGGUUCGAGAUUGGGUUUCAGUUCCACACUAUUAGGAAGGCAAACCAACUGCGCCAACUUCAAUUUUACAUCUUCAGCUUAAAUAAAAAAUCAACCAUUUCAUAACACUACAAUAAUGGCCUUUUUACAGAGCCAGGAAUGUCAAUUUUGCAUCGGCGAUCAGCUUAAUAAUGUCAUCUUAAAUCUCCAAUAAUCACUUAUGACAAUCCAAUUUGUGUCCCUUUAGCCCUUUACGUAUAUAUUGAUUAAUUUGCAUCCUAAGUUAAUUACAUUUAUUACUCUUAAAUUUAAAUAAACUCAAUCGAUAUAUUUUAGUAAUAAAAUAAAAAAGAAAUUAUAUGAAUAAUAAGUAAAAUCACUUUUGAGGUUAUCUCCCACUCCAAGGGCUUUGGUUGGAUCUUUUAGGGGUAUACUAGGUAUUUGCUUUUAGAUUGUUGCAAUGUUAUUUAUUUGUUUUCCAUUCCUGUAAUUUAUGUAAUUAUGUUGAUUUAAAAUGUAAUCAAUCAGUAAUGAUAACAACUUUUGUUUGACAA